AUGAAAGACAUACCACGUUCAACUGAUCCUACGGCGUUAAAACCUCCGGCGCCAUCAAUUCGAACAUUCGAAUUGAAAGAGGAAUGUGGCAUCAACAAUUUACCAAAUCAAAUCAUGGCUAAAGCCAUAUCGGAUGGUUUUGUGUUUAAUAUUCUUUGUGUUGGUGAAACAGCUUGUGGAAAGUCGUCCUUGCUCGAUAGUUUAUUUAACACACGCUUGGAUUCGACGCCAUCAACACACGAUAUUCCUCGAGUAUUUCUACGUAAAAAUACUUAUGAUCUAUUCGAACGUGAGAUACGGUUAAAGUUAACUGUUGUCGAAACAGCUGGUUUUGGUGAUCAAAUUAACAAAGAUGACUCAUUCAAAGUCAUCGGAGAUUUCAUCGACGCACAAUUUCAGUUGUAUCUCGAUGAAGAAUUGAAAAUCAAACGGAAUUUAUCGAACUAUCAUGAUACACGCAUUCAUGUUUGUUUGUACUUUAUCAAUCCGACAGGCCAUUCAUUGAAAGCGCUGGAUUUAGUGACAAUGAAACAUUUAGAUAGUAAAGUGAACAUCAUUCCGAUCAUCGCAAAGUCGGAUACGAUAUCAAAGAAUGAGUUACAACGCUUUAAGCAAAAUAUUCUCAAUGAGCUGAAUACAGCUGCGGUGAAAAUCUAUCGUUUUCCAACUGAUGACGAAACAUUAGCAGAAGAGAAUCUUAAAGCCAACAAUCUUCUUCCAUUGGCGGUUGUUGGCAGCAAUGAAACAGUCAAAGUUGGAAAUCAAUACGUGCGCGCUCGGCAAUAUCCAUGGGGUGUUGUUCAAGUUGAGAAUGAAAAUCAUUGUGAUUUUAAAAAAUUACGCGAUAGUCUCAUCGAAAAGAAUAUGUUGGAUUUAAUCGAAACAACACAUUCGAAACAUUAUGAAAUGUUUCGACGUAAUCGUCUUACGGAACUUGGUUUGGCUGAUAAUAUCGAUGGAAAACAAAUGUCGAUUAGUGAUACGUUGGACAUGAAGCGAAAUGAACUUCGUCAAGAGCUCGAACAACGUGAACAACAAUUGAAAGAAGCGUUUAUUCAAAAAGUGAAAGAUAAAGAAGCGGAACUGAAAGAAACGGAAAAACAGAUCAACGAACAAUUGACGAACAUCAAGAAACAAUACAAAGAUCAGAAGGAUAAAUGUGACGAAAAAUGGCGUAUACUCGAACAAGAGGUCAACUUGUUCGAACAACGCAAACGUGCCAACAUGGAAACGAUGAAGAAAGGCACAAAGAAGAAAUAG